GCGCCGUGCACCGCCUCUCACAAUGUCGACCGCCGCCGCCGCCGCCGCUGCCCAGAGCUGGUGCUUCGCCACUGUCACCCCGCGCUCCCGCGCCACAGUCGUCGCCAGCCUCGCCUCCCCAUCACCGUCCUCCUCCUCCUCCUCCUCCAACAGCAGCAACCUCCCGGCCCCCUUCCGCCCCCGCCUCAUCCGCAACACCCCCGUCUUCGCCGCCCCCGUCGCCCCCGCCGCGUGAUCCGGGAGGCCGCGACGACCGCCAGCGAACGGAAGGGAAAAAAAAAAGUCAAAAACUAGAGCCGAUCGUUUGAUCCAUUCGAUAUAGGGAAGAUGAGUGGAUGCCUCUGCCUCCCCCGCUAUAAAAAGGCCCCAAACGGGACGCCAUCGCCACCACCACCAGCAGCAGCGGCCGAAGCGGAAGCAGCAGCAGCAGCAGCGGCGACGAAGCCGUCCAUAGAUUCUUCUUCCUCCCCGUCACUCCUCACCAACAACCAUCCCCCACCCUCCAAGAUGGACGCCGCCGUCGACCGCCUCAAGGAUGGGUUCGCCAAGUUCAAGACCGAGUUCUAUGACAAGAAGCCGGAGCUCUUCGAGCCGCUCAAGGCCGGCCAGGCACCCAAGUACAUGGUGUUCUCGUGCGCCGACUCUCGCGUGUGCCCGUCGGUGACCAUGGGCCUGGAGCCCGGCGAGGCCUUCACCGUCCGCAACAUCGCCAACAUGGUCCCAGCUUACUGCAAGAUCAAGCACGCUGGCGUCGGGUCGGCCAUCGAGUACGCCGUCUGCGCCCUCAAGGUCGAACUCAUCGUGGUGAUUGGCCACAGCCGCUGCGGUGGAAUCAAGGCCCUCCUCUCACUCAAGGAUGGAGCACCAGACUCCUUCCACUUCGUCGAGGACUGGGUCAGGACCGGUUUCCCCGCCAAGAAGAAGGUUCAGACCGAGCACGCCUCGCUGCCUUUCGAUGACCAAUGCGCCAUCUUGGAGAAGGAGGCCGUGAACCAAUCCCUGGAGAACCUCAAGACCUACCCGUUCGUCAAGGAGGGGAUCGCCAACGGCACCCUCAAGCUCGUCGGCGGCCACUACGACUUCGUCUCCGGCAACUUGGACUUAUGGGAGCCCUAAAUCCGACCGUCCGUCCGUUCAGUUCGUCAGUUUACGCCAACGCUUUUGCAUAAGUACUACCUGAGGAUAUCGUCCCCGAUCAUCGAUGUGAACGCGUGGAGUACUACUACGUACGUACCGGAUGGUUCGAUAUAUGUGAAUGCUGUAUUAAGUAAUAACAAGAAAUAUAUCUCCUCUACUUUUUCCUGACGCGGAGUUGUACUGCCUAUGAUGCAUAAUUUGAUCGCAGUGUGAUCAAAAGACAUCAGCUAUAAUGUCUUAAUAAUAUUAUUAUGAAGAGUUUACCUUUUUACUACCUUUUA